AUUUUGACAGUUUGUGUCGUUCGAGUUGGGUCGACGAUUAUUUACGAUUUAUAGUUAAAACUUUAAUUAAAGUAUGGCUUAUUUGAAUAGAUAAUUGGGCUUAAACUUCGUCGGCCCUUUCUAUUCCAUAUAGUUACCUAUUUCCUAUCUAAAUACCGCGAAGGUUAGGUUAGGAACCGCCUGGUAAUAAGUACACGUAUGCAGUGUUUCUGUUUGUGAUUUAGUCCAGUUUGGCUUGAAAUGACGUGAAUCUUCUUCCGAAAUAAAAUAAGGUCAAGAUGCUUCCCCUAACACAGAAAGAUACCCGAGUUCCGCGGGGCACUUUGGGCGGAAUAAGAGAGAAAAUUCAAAAUUGGCUCAGGUUGAUAUAUUCUGAUAAGAAUUCAAGGAAUUUAUUUAUGUUUCUUCUAUUGAAUUUAUCAUUUGCAUUUGUUGAGCUGUUCUACGGUGUUUGGACCAAUAGCUUGGGCCUGAUCUCGGAUGCAUUCCAUAUGUUCUUUGAUUGCACUGGCCUGGUGGCCGGGCUGGCAGCGUCUCUGGUCUCAAAAUGGCGGGCAAACGAAAGGUUUUCCUACGGCUACGCAAGGGCUGAAGUCUUAGCCGGAUUCGUAAACGGAUUGUUCCUGUUAUUCAUUGCAUUUUUCAUCAUGAGUGAAGCUGUGGAACGAGCAAUAGAACCCCCUGAGGUAAAACACGAGCGUCUGCUCCUCGUGUCGAUCCUCGGCUUCCUCGUGAACAUGGUGGGCAUAUACGCGUUCCACCACGGCCACGGGCAUGGGCACGGCCACUCGCACGGCGGCGACCACGGCCACUCGCACAACAACCACGGCCACGGCCACUCGCACGACGACCCCGAGGCGCCCACCGGGGCCGGCUCCGCUAUCAUGCGGGGAGUCUUCCUACACGUGCUCGCAGACACGCUCGGCUCAGUCGGCGUCAUCAUAUCCGCGAUCCUCAUGCGAAUGUUCGGCUGGAUGCGAGCGGACCCCAUCUGCUCGAUGGCCAUCGCUUUGCUCAUCGCCGCGAGUGUGAUACCUCUAGUGCGGGACUCCGCGGGAGUUUUAAUGCAGCGGACUCCAAGCUCGAUAGAGCGGUUAUUGCCUAAUUUGUACACCCGAGUAGUGGGGCUAGCGGGCGUGCACGCGGUGCAAGAACCGCACUUCUGGACCCUGUGUAGUGACGUUCACGUCGGUGCUCUGAAAUUAGAAGUGGCUCGGGAGGUGGACCCGAGGUACGUGACCGAGCAAGCCGCGCGGAUAUUCCGCGAGGCCGGAGUGAAACACCUCACCGUCCAACUGGACUACUCGCCCCUUUGAUCCUAAGCUUAAAUCACAAAUGUACAGUUCCACAGAGUGGAUGAGGUUUUUAUUGUAUAUAGAGAAUGUGAUCUACUGCUACUAUCCGUGCGUUGUGCGAUAGCAAAUUAUUACAAUUAAUUUUUAUUUUAUAUUUAUUCAUAGUGUUGUGAUAUAGGAAAAAUCUUAUGUUUUUUUACCUUUUGGCCUAGGCGCAGACCAUCAACUUUUAGUUGGCCGAUAGUUGUAUUCGAUUUUAAUUUGUAUGAAGAAUCGGCCGAUACCAAAUCGGUGUAAUGUGCGCACUUCCAUACAUGCCCAUACUGAUUAACUACCCGACUAAACUAUCGGCCAACUAAAAGUCAGUGGUCUGCGCUUAGGCUUAAUCGCCUCCGAUAAUUUUGUGUCAAGUGUAUUUUUGGCGAUGUUUGGUGUAUUUUAAUACAAACGAAAUAUUUUUGUUUUAAUAAAUAGGAUAGCAGUCAAAUAUCGCCUCAUCUUAAAUAAUUCUUCUGUAUAUGUAUUAAAACUUAUCUAAACUUUUUAAUUUAAGUAAUGUUACGUUUUAUAGUUCUUUAUAUCUUUUAUGAAUAGUGUAAUAUUCCUUAUAUUUUUACUUCAAGAAUUUAUUUUAUCUAGAGUAGCUGCUUUGUAUUAAUGAAAUUGGUUUUAAAAUGCAUUUCUGUUGAUACACAUUCCAGUAUUCCUUUUCUAGUAGUGUUGAAAGUUGUCAUCGAAUCGAAUGUCUAAUGAUUACUUGAAUUGUAACAUCUAACAUUAAAAUGAACAUGUAAAUGAGUGUAUAAAGUCCGUAAUUUGAGAGAUUAUAAUUUGACAGUCGGAAAAGAAGUUAUAUCAUGCUUACAAAGGUCUUAACCUUUUCAACGCCAAUGACGGAUACAUCCGUACAUCAGGUUGACCGCCAACGACGGAUUAAUCCGCCUUAAAAAUGAUGUGAGUAUUAUGUGAAGUGAAUAAUAAUGAAUACAAUGAUUAUAUUGAUAUCGUAUUUUAUCAAGCGUGGCGUCAGAGUGAUGGCUUUUGUAUUUGACGUGGCGCUGAAAAGGUUAAGAGCUGCAGAACUCGGAAUUAAAAUUGAGAAACAAAUAAAAGCCUUCUUAGGAGCGAGGAGAGUUGAAGUCAUACUUAUUAUGUUGAUGAGACGAACAGUAAUGCCUGAACCGUAAUUUCAAAUGGGAUCUGUUCAUCACUUUUACUCAUAUCAAGAUGUUCUCAUGAGUGAAAGCGACAAAUAGACCCUAAAUUAUGGAAACUGCUUUAUGAGUCUUGUUGAAAUGAGUCGAACGUCAAAUUCUUUCAUCGUUCUAUUGCUUGUAUCUAAAGCUCUCUGGGCCUUAUUACAAAAAAGUUAAACCCAGGACGAACUGACAUUUCCAUACUAAAAUAAGGGGGUCUUUGUCAACCAAUUGAAGUAAUGCUCUCCCUAACUGGCAUUUUCGCUAUUGUAAUUAGUAAUUUUAGAUCCUCUAUUACCUACUUGAGUGAUUUUGAAUCACAAACUAAUCAUAAAUACAAAUUGUAUUUAAUGUAAUAUAGCUUAACUAAAUCCAAGUUUUUAUAGUGUAAAGAUCUCGGAACCGCGAGUUUUAGUUUAUAUUUCUAUGGGUUGAUAUACCCUAACUUUUGGCAACCAUAACGCCUUGCGAUUAAUCACUUGCAAUACCAUGCUCGGCAGAUUCGAAGUUUUAUUUUGCAUCAAUUGUAUGUUUCGGCAUUUUUUAUCUUAUUCGCCCACCGAAGCGAAGAUAUAUCCCCUAAUUAUUUGUCAAUGUGCAUCAACCGUAUCAAAUAGAAAUUGUUUAGAUAAAUAAAUAAAUAAUGCCAUCAUUCCUUAACAAGUGAAUGUGUCAGUGAACGGGUUAAUUAAUUAAUCUUUCAUAGAGACAAUGCCUUAGCGACACUGUUCAGCGGCAGUUGUCAGCGAAUAUACAUUAAAAUAAAAAGUUUUAUACGAACUUAUUAUUAUUUUUUAAGUUAUUAAACACGUUCGGUGACACUUUCACAUAAUAAAAUAUUAAGGAAUUCGCAUUUAUAAUAUUAGUAGGACUAUGUCUUACAUAAUAUUAUUCUUUUAAAGUACAUUUUAUUGGAUAGCCAAUGCAAUGUACACAAAAGAAACUUAAGGUCACACGAUUUUAUUGUAAACAAGUAUUCUACAACUUUUUGGCCCUUGGAGGCGAUAGUAAAAUUUAAUUUAAUUGUUCGAACCCCGAAAAUAAAAUAUCUAUUUAAUUUUA